AUGACAGUCCUGGUUGAGAGCCUCGACAAGGUCCAUGACCCCCCCGAAGCUCCAGCUGAUGGGCAGGGCGGCGGGCAGCUCAACAAGCAGGGGCCCGAAGGUACGUUCCUUGAGGAUAGCCAGCGUGAGGAGACCUUCACAGUGCCAGGCAAUCCACGUGACAUCGCUGCUGCCAGAGCCCCCGUUCCGGAAGCCCCCGCAUCGCAGCCGCCCGCGCACUUGUCGAGACCCACGUUUCCGCGCGAGGGCAUGUCGGAGCAGCAGUACAGCGAAGUCGUGGCAGCAGACAGGGGAUUCUGGCAGAGGGUCGAGGCGCUGCCAGGCAGGGCAGCCGAGAAGCCCGACGGCCCGCCCGACGGCCCGCCCGACGGCCCGCCAGACGGCUCGCCCGACGGCCCGCCCGACGGCCCGCCCGACGGCCCGCCCGGCAUGAGCCAGGAAGAAUUCCUGCGCAGCUUGUCGAGCCAGCAGAUGGGGAGGGGCCGCUACGACAAGCAUGAGCUCGAUGGCGAAGACGAUGCAGGCAGGGAUCCCCACCUGGAGGAGGCCGAGAGGACCAAUUUCGAGAUCAAUGCUCGCAGCCCUCUGGGCUGGCGCUUCCAGAGGGAGUUGGCCUCGGAUAAGGAGCUGAAGAAGUCGUGGCUCGAGCGCAGGGGCAACCACGCGAAGCAGGCUUUCAGGCAGAAGUGGUGCAAGGCAAAGUUCGAGAUGUACAGGAAGAGCCGCGAGAUGAUCAAUCGCCAUCAGGUCGUGACUGCAGACAUGGGCGUCUACCACCCCCUGGACAGGAUCAAAGUCGACGAGGGAAACACCGAAGAGGCGGCUGAGCGUGCCUGGCGUUACGCAUACGCGUGCGUCAUGAUGGGCACCCAGUGGUACCGCUUCAACGUCAUGACUAGAGCCAUGGAGUUCCUGUACGUGAAGCAGCAGUACAAUGAUAUAUUCACGCAGUGCUGGCAGACUACGCAGCGCGAGGAGAACAGAGGCCGCCUUCUUGCAGAAUUCGCUGAGCCCGAAGGGCGUACCACGUUCGAACCAGUUCGUGCAGCUGCAGGUGCAGCGCCGCCAUCUGCAAGCGGCGGCGCGGCGGUCAGCGCAGCCUCGCGCAGCGGCAACGGACCUGCGCCCGCAGCUCCAUCCGCAGAUGCACCCGCAGCUCAGCCCGCAGCUGCGCCCGCAGCUGCGCCCGCAGCUGCGCCCGCAGCUGCGCCCGCAGGUCCAGCUGCGCCCGCAGCUGAGCCCGCAGCCGCCGCGGCGCGCGCGGCCCAGGAGGAGGCCGCCGUCGGCGACGAGGCGAGGGAACCGCCCAACAAGAGGGCCAAGAUCAAGGAUGCGCAGCAGCUGAAGGUGGCGCAUGGCCAGGCGAGCUCCUCGAUCGCUUGCAUCUCAGCCCAGAUUGCAAAUUAUCCCGACUGGUCGUGGCUGAAAGACAGCGUGCUGGUGGAGCCGAUGACGAAAGCCAACGACGACAUGAUCAAGUAUGUGUUCUCCAAUCCCAUCGCGACCAUGCUUAUCGGCCAGAAUGUAGAGCAGAUUCAGGCGAGCUACGAUGACCCUGCCCAGAUGGAUGUCCAGUUGGCGACCCUGACCAGCGACCUCGGCGAGUUCGUCGACAGGGCGCAGAAACAGGCGGACAAGCUCUCGAGGAUGCAUUAUGAGAAGAUGAAGGAGUAUUGA